GGAACUACAACUCCCAUCGUGCCCCGCGGCGGCCGGAAGCGGAUAUCCGGUUAGCGCCGGGGGGGGGCACGGGACCAGCAGCCAUGAUCCGCUUCAUCCUGAUCCAGAACCGGGCAGGGAAGACGCGUCUGGCCAAGUGGUACAUGCAGUUCGAUGAUGAUGAGAAGCAGAAGCUGAUUGAGGAGGUUCAUGCUGUGGUCACCGUGCGGGAUGCCAAACACACCAACUUCGUGGAGUUCCGGAACUUCAAGAUCAUUUACCGUCGCUAUGCUGGCCUCUACUUCUGCAUCUGUGUGGAUGUGACCGACAACAACCUCGCCUACCUGGAGGCCAUCCACAACUUCGUGGAGGUGCUCAAUGAGUACUUCCACAACGUCUGCGAGCUCGACCUCGUCUUCAACUUCUAUAAGGUGUACACGGUGGUGGACGAGAUGUUCCUGGCGGGGGAGAUCCGGGAGACAAGUCAGACCAAGGUCCUCAAGCAGCUCCUGAUGCUCCAGUCCCUGGAGUGAACUGGGACCAACCCCCCCCCCAUUGCCCCACAUGGACCCGUCCGGGGGGGGGGGGA